AGAAACUUGGAAAUCAAGAAUAUGCAUACACCACAAUGUCUGAAGAUGCAGGAGAAAAAAGAUCAGAAGAAAUGACCAAGCUCAUAAAAAAUAGAAAAUCACAUAACGCUGCGGCAAUAAAAAAAUUGUUGAGUCGACCAAAUUUUUUAUCGGAGUCAGACAAGAACAGUUCAGCCUCUAAUGAAAGUUCUUCCGACUCGGGAGAUAUCCUCGCUGAUUUUCGUUCAAAAAGAAAAAACUAUAGUAAAAAAAAGGGUCAAACAACAGCUCAAGUUCAACUUGAAAAAACAAAAAGAGACACCACUUCAAAAACUAUGGAGCUGUCACCUGUUUGCGAAAAGCCAUCGACUUCAAAAUCAUUUCCAAUGAAUACAAAAAAUGUGACUGAAAAAACAGAUGCAAACAAAAAUAGACCUGAUAAUUCGAAGAUUCUAUUGAGCUGCCAUGGAUUAAAAAAAAAUGAGAGCCGGCCUCUGGGAGAUAACAACAACAACAACAACAACAACAACAACAACAAAAACAACAACAACAACCUUGUUUCUGACUUUAAUGGUAACGAGCCACUGCAGCGCGUCCUUACUAAGAUAAUGACCAUUAUGCAGUUUCAAAACGAUGAAAUACGAGAACUUCGUCAUAGUCUGGAACGGUUCAUGAAAAUGCCUAGCUCUGAGACGACGCCCGACGGUUUUAUGAAGAAAUACGGAUUCCAAAAAAUAAGUUCGGUGGAUGAUUUUCUUGUAUUCGAGGAACGUUUAAAGGAGAAUGCGGAUUUUCGACAAGAUUUCAAUGGUGCGAUAGAUUGCAUCGUAGAAUCCGACAUGAAAAAAACUUUAAAUGCAAUACUUAAAAAGUUUUUCGCUCAGCAAUUUGCUAUGUCUUGUACAGCUGUGAGAGAAUCCAAAAAAGCCGGCAAGUUAAUGCUCAAAGGAACUGCAUUUUACGAAAAACUUUUCGAUUUUGUUCGACAUAUUCAUUCGAAGGAAGAAGUCAUUACAGAGAAAACCUUCUAUCAGAAUCUGUCAAGUUGUCUCAAUAAUGCUAAAGAGUGGGAUGGAGGGCGUAAGAUGCGUGCGAACCAAGCAAACUGAAUGUAACAAAAACCUAUGGAUCUUAUUCCAACUUUCGUCAGAUUUUGAAUAAUAUAAAGACAUAUAAAUAAGAUUUUCGAAUGAAAUGUUUUCGAAAGUAAAAAAAAGUCAAGUACUUUGAUCUCAU